CAGGGAGGAGUGGGGUGGACAGACUGGUCCAGACGGACCACCACCACCCCACACCCACGGAGACAGGGGUUGCUACGACGCCGGGGAUAACCACCAUAACAACGGAAGGGGGCGUUGCAGUGGUAAACACCCAACAGGAAGGGGAGGGGUUUGAACGUCUGAAGGGGUGUGUCAGACAACUGGAGCAGGAGAAGGCGGAGCUACAGGAGACGCUGACCGAUAGAGAACAGGAGCUGAGACGACUGAUGGCCGAAUCUUCUGUUUUCAGACGGGAGCUGAGACGACUGAUGGCCGAAUCUUCUGUUUUCAGACAGGAGUUGAGACGACUGAUGGCUGAAAGAGAGCAGGAAGAGAAAGAGACGGAGAGGAGGAAGAAUGAACGAAGGAGUGAACAUGAGAAGGAAACACGACUCCACCUACUGGAGGUAGAGCAGCUGACCGUGAAGAUACAGUCUCUGGAGGAGGAGAAGAAGAGAUGGACUGAAGAAGAACAGAACCAGGAGAACCGGAAGGAGAACCCAGAAGGGAGGGAGGAGAAAAAGAGAUGGACUGAAGAAGAACAGAACCAGGAGAACCGGAAGGAGAACCCAGAAGGGAGGGAGGAGAAGGAAAGAGAGGAGAGGGAAGAACAGAACCAGGAGAAGGAAAGGGCAGCUAGGGUGAUCCAGAGAGAGUGGCUGGAGCACAGAGACAGGGACACAGUGUUGGUCCAGUCAGCAAUAAGAGGACAUCUCCUCAGACAGAGCCAGAUAGCUCACCUCCGAGACACAUACACCAGCACUCUCAGCAAGAAUGGCCAAUCACAGCACGGCACUGAUGUUACCUCCCCUGUGGAGGAUGGGGAGCUGGUUGCCGUGACGCUGAUCCAGUCUGUGUUCCGAGGUCACCUGACACGCAGCGCACUAAUGACGGAGAGCUCUGAGUCUCCAGCCUCUCCUCCCUGUGGACCCACACCAGCUCCUAGAAGAGUCCCCUCUGCCCCUUCAACACACACUCCCAGCAACACAGGCGGUGAUGUAGAUGAAGAUGUAACGGAGCUGAGUGAGAAAGAUCCCUGGCCUGUCUCUAACACACUGUCCAACAGGAGGAGACUCACACCAGCCCAACUACAGCUCCACCCACCUCCAGAUUCCAAGGUUGCUAAGGUGAUGGACUCUGAAGAUUCCGACGAUGACAUCAUCGUGUCUCCGUCUCGUCUCGUGGGAAGGAGAGAAGAAAUCUACUUCUAGACCAGAGCAUUGCACUAUGGGAUAUGAAGUGUGUGUGUGUGUGUGUGUGGUUGGGUAUGCAGGCUUUUACUCCAGCCCUACACCAGAUUCAAUCAAGGUCCAGAGGACAUGCUGAUAAGUUGAACCAAGUGUGUUUUGGUAGUGCAGGGCUGGAACGAAGUCCUGCACAUGCAGUAGCUCUCCGGGAGGGGAGUGGUUUUUGGUGUCAGGGCUGUAAUGAUAAUGAUGAUAAUGAUAAUAAUGAUAAUCCUGGACAUAUCCAGGAGGGUCGCUUGGCCAGCUCUCUGCCCAAUAAAUCUCCGUUCUGAUACAGAUCGUUUCUUAUGUUGCCAAAGUGCCUGAGUGCUGUAUUUAGAUUAUUGAUGGUCAUAAACAAAGUUACAAAUCAUGGAGUUUAUUGGAGAAUGAGCGACUUUUAAAACAUGUCUAUCAAUAUAAACACUGCUGAUUCAAAACUGUGAAAUUAUUAUCAUAUUCUACUGCAAUAUGACGCUCAGAGGAGAGUGUGUGCGCGCGCGUGAUCGUGCCUUUGAGUUGUGUUUAUUAUAAUAGCUGUAAUCCAUGAAAAAUAAUGUUUUAUCUGAUUAAAUGAGUAUCUUUCCUUGUAUGGUAAAACA